AUGGGUACAGACGACAGUCCUUACAAAAUUUCCGUCGGGAUGCUUCCGUCAGGCUCAUCGGUCGUGUUCAAAGAAUCUGCAUAUUUCUUACAAAAUGGACCAGAUAGCUCUCUGCCUUCGCCUGCCAUGGUCCGCACCAAUCAAUGCUUUGAGCACCAGGGAGAGUCUCUACCCGCUCGGUUCGAGGCUCUAAACCUUCUUGUCAAAUAUGGAAAAGAGAUUACCAUCGCGGAGGGGCAAUAUCUCUGGGCGAUUCGUCGGCUAUUACCUUCCCAAGUACCUAUUCCUGAAGUGUAUGGCUGGUGUGAAGAAGGGGGCGAAGUUUUUAUUUAUAUGGAGCUAGUUAAGGGCGUUACGUUGGAAAACAGAUGGGAGUCGCUUUUAAAACAAGAGAGGAUAAAAGUUUGUGAGCAGCUUCGGGCCAUAUUAUUAGAGCUGCGUAACUUGCAACAGGAUCCGAAGAAUCAGUUUCUUGGUCAUAUCAACCGCCAACCUCUCCUAGAUAUCGUAUUCACGGAUAACACAAAACCUCCCGCCGGCCCAUUUGCCUUGGUUAAAGACUUCCAUGACUGGCUCUCUUAUCUGACCAAACAAGGGAAGGAAAUCCACUGGCCAGACCCUUCACUUAUUCCUGAUCCGUUCCGGGACUUACUUCCAGACGACUCGCCAAUUACCUUUACUCAUGCUGAUCUUCAUCCAAGCAAUAUUAUGGUGUCCACAGAUGAGCCCUGUCGCAUUAUUGCUAUCAUUGAUUGGCAUCAAUCGGGUUGGUAUCCGGAUUACUGGGAAUACUGUAAAGCUGUAUUUACAGCCGAGCCUGGCGGAGAAUGGGGGACUGAGAUACUAGAGGGACCUUCUAAGAAGCCUCACGACAAGGUUAGCUUUGUGAGAGAUAAUAUGUCAACAGCCCUCAGCAUACAAGCAGUCUCCAUCCGUCAGAAUACGCGUUUCAUUCAGCUGACUUCGUAUUAUCUAUCUCUACAAUCUAUGUCGAACGAUUCUAUCUCGCUUCCCAAAUACACAAUAAUGCAUAUUUUGGCAACAGCGUUGGACAGUAGGCAAGGGGCAAUUGAGCAGCCUCGAGGCGAUGAGAAGAGGUGGCAAAGGUCAAUGAAGGCUGAUAUCAUAUUGAUGUCGAAUAUUUUGGAAUAA